UUCAAAAAUCGCGCUCCCAAAAAUUUCUUUCUGCAGGUUUUUGAUGCGACGAAUACAACAAGGGAAAGGCGUCGAUGGCUUGCUGAAUUUUGUGAUCGUGAGGAUCGUGAUCCCCCUUUUCGGUUGUUCUUUGUUGAAAGUGUAUGUGACGAUCCCGAUAUCAUCAAUGCAAACAUCACCGAAGUGAAGGUCAAUUCACCGGAUUACAAGGGUUAUAUGACGGAGGAAAAAGCCAAAGAAGAUUUUAUGAAGAGAAUUGAAAAUUAUCAAUUGCAA